AUGUGCCUGUGCUGCAGCACUAAAUGUUGCUUUAUUUUCUUCAACUUGCUCUUCUUGGCAUCUGGAGUUGCCCUCAUCACCAUCGGAGUGCUACAAUACUCAACUUACUCACAGAUGGGUACCUUUGCCGGGAGCAGCUUGUCUAAAAUUGCGAUUGUUCUCAUUUCUGUGGGUGUCACCGUAGCCGUAGUGUCCCUACUGGGCCACGUUGGUGCUUUCACGAAUAAUUCCUGUAUGGUUUCCUGUUUCAUCUGCAUCCUGAUAGUGAUGAUCAUUUUGGAGAUAGCCACAGGAGCCGUCUUUUACGUAUUUCGCAGCAGGACCGCCAUUCUGCAGGCAGAUAGUGCUAUCAGCAACAAGGCACGAGGAGCAAUCAAUGAAUACAAGGUGGAGAAGAGACACACCAUCAACAGAAUUCAGGAAAAGUUCAGCUGCUGUGGUGCAGACAGCUACACCGACUGGUCCAAAAGUGUCGGUUGGGAGAACCACAAUGCUGUACCAGAUUCCUGCUGCGUGACGAAAACUGAAGGUUGUGGACAGGACAAGACCAACGUGCACAAAAAGGGCUGUAUCUCGGCCAUCAAGCGCUUUCUGGUGAAAAACUUCCUGUGGGUCGGUGCUGUCUGCAUCACUCUUGGAGUCGCAGAGGUUUUCGGAGUGUUAGUGGGGGUGUGUUUGUGUCUGGACAUCAAAAGAAAGAGCUAUGGCAGCAUCAGCUAA